AUGGUUUAUGACAUAUUCUCCACCAUAUUUGUCAAGUCAUUUUUUUUCGUGUUUGUCAUUUUAUUUUCAGUGGCCAUAUCACUUGUCUAUUCACUUUUUCUAAAAGAUGGAAAAAUAAAGCUGUCCUACGUGUACAUGAGUCUUCUAAGCUCUGUGCAUCUUCCUUUGAGUCUAUUUCUAGCCUAUCUCAAAAGCAGCAAAGACCCUUUUAGUGUCUGCACCAUAGUAAUGGUAAUUCAGGGCCUUAUUUCAGACUAUCUUUCAAGGGCAUCUGUUAAGUAUAAGGAAGACGAGCCAAUAAAAAAUAGAAUGGGGUUCAUUCUGACGUCACUGGGAAUGCAUCUUGCAUUCUAUGCUCUCAUUCUAAGAUUCCUCUACUCAAAAUAA